AUGGUCCCCAAACCAUCCAAAUGGGCCACUGACGACGCCGACCAAGAAACCGCCGUGGCGCUUGCAGAGCGGAGGAGGGAGAGAGCCGAAAGGAAAAGACUCAAGGAAAAGAAAGCUCGCAGCGCCGCUCUGUCCAGCUCCCAGCUCCCCACUCCUGCCGACGACAAUGAGCGACCGAGCAAACGGCCACGAACAUCUUUUGAGGAGGAAGAGAAUGGAUUGUCACCAAUACUACAGCCACAAGUGGAAAUCGAAGCUGAAGGGGCACAUUUGCUGCAAUUCCCUGCCGGACAAUUCGGCCCAUGCGGCCAUGUCGAUCAAUUCGAGCUUCUGAACGACAUCGAAGAAGGCUCCUAUGGCGUCGUGUCGCGUGCGAAAAGGAAGGACACGGGCGAGAUCGUGGCGUUGAAAAGAUUGAAGAUGGACCGUAUAAACCAGGGCUUCCCCGUGACGGGACUGCGAGAGAUACAGACACUUAUGGCGUGCCGGGACGCGAACGUGGUCAAGCUGCUCGAGGUGGUCAUGGGCGACAGUUUAAAGGAUGUCUACCUCGUCAUGGAGUUCCUGGAACACGACCUCCGCACCCUCCUCGACGACAUGGCUGAGCCGUUCCUGCCCUCGGAGACCAAGACGCUCAUGCUCCAGAUCGUCUCGGGCAUCGAGUACCUCCACGCAAACUGGAUCCUGCAUCGCGACCUGAAGACGUCGAAUCUCCUCCUGAACAACCGCGGCGAAGUCAAGCUGGCAGACUUCGGCAUGGCUCGAUAUACGUCCAACCCUGCCCCCCGACUGACUCAGCUGGUGGUCACGCUGUGGUACCGUGCCCCGGAGCUCCUGCUGGGAGCGGAAGAGUACGACUUUGAAGUCGACAUAUGGAGUCUCGGCUGCGUCUUCGCCGAGCUGCUCACCAAGGAACCCUUAUUCCAGGGCAAGAACGAAGUCGACCAGCUCUCCAAGAUCUUCACACUGGUGGGCACUCCUACGAGGGAGACGUGGCCUGGCUUCCGCUCCCUCCCCAACUCCAAGGCGCUACACCCUCUCCUGUCCCAUCCCCAACGCGCAGCGCACCCGUCCCUCACGGCAUCCAAGUUUCCGUACCUCACCGCCUCGGGUCUGCGCCUGCUCUCCGCCCUCCUCGCGCUGAACCCGUCUUCGCGCCCCCCAGCCAUGGAGAUCCUCAACCACCCUUAUUUCACAGAAGAUCCCCGCCCCAAGUCGCAGGAGAUGUUCCCCACUUUCCCGAGCAAAGCAGGCCAGGAGAAGAGGAGGAGGAGAGACACGCCCCAGGCCCCCGUCAGAGGCGACGCACCGAAGCUAGACGAGAAGGAGGUCGAGGGCAUUUUUAGGGGCUGGGACGCCGAGGCCGAGGAGAAGGGCGCCGGGUUCGCUCUCAGGCUGGGAUAG